AUGGCCCAGGCAGGAGCUUUGCCUUUCACUUCUAAUGGCUCACAAACCCGUGUUGGAGGUCAAACUCUAGAUCCGAUAGUUGCUCCAGAUUCUCAGACUCCCAGGACUCAUCCAGCUUCUGCUGUAGCUCCUUGUUUGGAUAGUAUGGAGUUUCCAGAUAUGACAUCACAUUUGGUAUUUCUAUCUAAAUUUGUUCCACGCAGUGAGAGGGAGCGCAAGAGGGCCGAGUUUGAGGGUUUGCAGCAAAAUAAUAUGUUAGUUACAGAGUAUGAGGAGGCUGAGAGAGUGAGAAGGUUUGUUAAGGGGCUGAUUAUUCCGAUCCGUCUAGGAGUUUCUCAGGUUGUUGCUUCUGGUGUUCCAUUCCAGAAAGUGCGAAAGGGCAAGAGGACUCGUUAUUCAGGUGAAUAUGGUGGUGCUCCUCCUAGGAGUCGGGGUUACUUGGGCAGAGGUUGUCACCCUCAGCCCAGCAGAGCCAUUCAUGCUGUUAUACCAGCGUCUGCGGCUGGUUACACUGGGCAUAACUCUUCGAGCUCAGUGCAUACUUCGCAGGGUUCAUCCUCUAAACCUGUAGUUUGCGGAGGGCAUUCUGGUAAUUCAAUUUCCUCUCAUCAGCCUGCGUCUCGUAGGGGCUAUUUUGAGUGUGGUGAUAUGGGACACUUUGUGAGAGACUGCCCUAGGAUAAGACGUGGUGGCUUACAUCAGGGUUCUCAGGCUUCGACUUCCAGGGCUGCACAACCUCCAGCUAGGGGUGGUGCACAGAAUGGUAGUGGUUGUUCUCCUUCUUGUCGAGGUUGUGGUCGUGAAGGUUCACAAUCUGAUGGAGGUCGUUCUCACUGUUAUGCUUUUCCAGGUAGGCCAGAGGCUGAAGCCUCAGAUGCUGUUAUCACAGAUUCGAUUCCGAGUAGGAGCACAUCUCGUGGAGCAAAUUGAGUCCAAGCUUGAAGUUCUUGG